CUGGGACUGUUGGUGAGCCGGGCUUCCUUUUUUCCCGACAUCUUAGGGAGGCUGCAGUGGUCGUCGCCACUCUCCGAACUUCAUCAUGCCGCCCAAGGAUGACAAGAAGAAGAAAGAUGCCGGAAAGUCGGCCAAAAAAGACAAAGACCCAGUAAAUAAGUCCGGUGGCAAGGCCAAAAAGAAGAAGUGGUCCAAAGGCAAAGUUCGGGACAAGCUCAACAAUCUAGUCCUGUUUGACAAGGCUACAUACGACAAACUCUGUAAGGAAGUUCCCAACUAUAAACUUAUUACUCCAGCCGUGGUCUCUGAGAGACUGAAGAUUCGUGGUUCCUUGGCCAGGGCAGCUCUUCAGGAGCUCCUUAGUAAAGGUCCUGAUGGCAAACGUACACUUUUUACAAACGUUUACAAAAGAUUGAGUGUGGACUUCUGCAGUGAACAGUACUUCAGAUUGACACCACAAAAGCAUCUUCACAUGCACCUCAGGUCUUACCAAAUCCUAAUGAAAGGGAAUUACUAA